AUGGGCAACUCGCUGACGACGUCCGAUGCACCAAUCACCUACGCGGUCCAGACGGAGGAUCCGCCCUUCGCGGACGCCUCUGGGGUGUACAGGUGCGCACAGUACCCAGACGCUUUAGUCGAAAACAUGCCUGACCGAGAUUGGAAGAACCCGUUGGAUUGUAUGGCGAGUACGGCGCUGGAUCCCGAGAUGAGGGACAAAGAGUUUCUGGGGAGUCGAGUGUGGGACUGUGCUUUGCAGCGGAGUCGAGAGGACAUGAUUCCACAAUCGACGGUGUCGUGGGUAACGUAUGGCGAAUUUAUGACGUUGGUUCAGGAAUUUGCUCGGGGGUUGGAACGUCGUGGUUACACAUCAGUGAGUGAGUUUCCAACGGAAGCAUAUGAGCCGGCCCGACGGGUAAGGAUGAUGGGUUUGGUAUCAAAGAAUCGACCAGAGUGGUUUAUAUCAGAGCAGGCAGCAGUAUCGGCGAAUUAUUGUUUAGUACCGUUGUAUGACUCUUUAGGAAGUGAUGCAUUACAUCAGAUACUGGAUCAGACUAAGAUGGAGUUAUUGGUUGCUUCAAGGGAGAGUUUCCGUGUGUUACAGCCGAUGAUAGCGAGCAUUGUAGAUACACAAUUUACUAGCCACAUUAAGUAUGUAGUGAUGUAUGAUAAGCCGAGUGAAGAAGACUUAGAGAAAGCAAAAGAAAUUGGGGCUGAAUUGAUUGAUUGGAAAGAUGUUGUACAGGAAGGACGAGAUCAUCCGGAGAUUGACCUACCGACUCAACAGCCAGAAGAUCUCACGACAGUAUGUUACACGAGUGGAACAACUGGUGCACCAAAGGGUGUGAUGAUGACGGCACAUAACUAUACCAGCCUACUAUCUGCCCAUAGGAGAUGUAUCAUGAGCCAUCCCGGUUUCCGAAUUGGACAAGAGGAUACACACAUUUCAUACCUUCCAUUAGCACACGUGUUCGAACGAAUUAUUUGUGGUAACUGCUUUGUACUCGGAGUAAAAAUUGCAUGUUACUCCGGAGAUACACAAAAACUCUUGGACGACAUGAAAUAUAUUCAACCAACCAUCUUCCUCUCAGUACCAAGAUUGUACAUGAGAAUCCAUGACAAAAUUAUUAGUACCUUAAACGAGAAAUCUAACGUCGCAAAAUUCAUCUUCGAAACGGCAAUGAACACAAAACUCCAGAAUCUAAGGGAGAAGGGUAUCUAUACCCACCCUCUAUGGGACGCUCUAGUGUUCAAAAAGACUAAAGCCGUAAUGGGAGGCCGGAUUCGGUUUAUGCUGGUUGGCGGAGCUCCUAUCGAAGCGAAAGUUCAGGAAGAAGUAAGCGUUAUUUUUUGCUGCCCCGUCUUACAUGGGUUCGGUAUGACUGAAGUAGGACCUGUAUUCAUUUGUAACCCCGGGGACAAGAUUGCUGGUCAUAUUGGAGGAGUGCAACCCUGCUGCCAGUUUGCUCUACGAUCCGUUCCUGAAACUGGCUACUUCGUCAGCGGACCACAAUGUCGAGGCCAACUUUGUAUCAAGGGACCCUCCGUCACUCCUGGCUACCUCGAAAGACCCGACCUCACUGCUGAGGUCCUUGAAAAUGGAUGGUUCCAUACCGGAGACAUCGUUGAACUCAUCGAAGGAAAUGCUAUUAAAAUCAUCGAUCGACAAAAGAACAUUUUCAAACUCAGCCAAGGUGAAUACGUGGCGCCAGAGAAGCUUGAAAACAUUUACUCAUCUGCCAGCCUAGUCUCACAGAUCAUGGUUUACGGGGAUAGCAGCAAAAGCGCACUCGUCGCCAUCGUCGUACCCGAUGAAGAAGAAACCAGCAAAUGGUGCGCUCUCAACAACCUCCAAGGCAAAUCACUUGACGAACUCUGCGCAAGGGACGACUUCAAACAAGCCGUAUUCAGCAACAUGCAAGAAGUCGAAAAGGCCAACCAAGUUACUGGCUUCCAAAAGGUGAAAAAAAUCGUGAUUACUCCUGACCCAUUCACUGUCGAGAACCGCAUGCUCACGCCGACCUUGAAACUGAGAAGGGCAGAAUGCAAAAAGAGGUUUGAACGGGAGAUUAUUGAUCUUUACAACCAGCUUUAG